AUUACGUGUAAAAUAUUAUCUUACGCGAGAAAAAGCUACAUAAAGAACAUUGGGAGUGUCGCACUCACCUCCUCAGGCGUUUGUUUGGGCUGCAGUGGCACUUGUAAUGGUCAGAGUUGCAGCGCUUCGAUUAAACGCCACCAUCACCAUGUUCUCUUCAACGUCUCUCAGAAACCCUAACUUCCUCUUCCCUUCAACUUCCACCCUCUUCGAUGCUCCUCCUCUUCGCCCCCACACUCUCUCCUUCUCCAAUCGCCUCUCGCUUCGAUCCUAUGCUGCUCGCGCCGCCUUCCACAGAGUUCAAGUUCUCAAUCCCAUCGUCGAAAUGGAUGGUGAUGAAAUGACGCGGAUUAUAUGGAAGAUGAUUAAGGAUAAACUUAUAUUUCCUUACCUGGAUUUAAACAUAAAGUAUUUUGAUUUGGGGCUUCAGAAUCGUGAUGCCACUGAUGACAGAGUUACUGUAGAAAGUGCUGAAGCUACUCUCAAGUACAAUGUUGCUGUGAAAUGUGCAACGAUAACUCCUGAUGAGACCCGAGUCAAAGAAUUUGGAUUGAAGUCUAUGUGGAGAAGUCCCAAUGGCACAAUUAGGAAUAUUUUAAAUGGUACUGUUUUCCGUGAACCCAUAAUAUGUUGCAACAUACCCCGAAUUAUUCCUGGGUGGAAGAAACCCAUAUGUAUUGGUAGGCAUGCUUUUGGUGAUCAGUAUCGUGCCACUGAUGCAAUAAUUAGAGGACCAGGGAAGCUUAAGUUGGUAUUUGUCCCAGAAGAUGGUGAUACUUCAAUGGAGCUUGAUGUUUACAAUUUUAAAGGCCCAGGCGUAGCACUUGCUAUGUAUAAUAUUGAUGAGUCUAUUCGAGCCUUUGCUGAAUCAUCAAUGUCACUGGCAUUUGCAAAGAAAUGGCCACUUUACUUGAGCACCAAAAAUACAAUUCUAAAGAAAUAUGACGGCAGAUUUAAAGACAUUUUCCAGGAGGUGUAUGAAGAAAGGUGGAAGCAAAAGUUUGAAGAGCACUCAAUAUGGUAUGAGCAUAGGCUAAUUGAUGACAUGGUGGCAUAUGCAGUCAAGAGUGAAGGUGGAUAUGUUUGGGCUUGUAAAAAUUAUGAUGGUGAUGUCCAAAGUGAUUUACUUGCUCAAGGAUUUGGCUCAUUGGGUCUCAUGACUUCUGUGCUGUUAUCCUCUGAUGGCAAGACAUUAGAAGCUGAGGCAGCUCAUGGAACUGUAACUCGACAUUUUCGGUUUCAUCAAAAAGGACAAGAAACUAGUACAAACAGUAUUGCAUCCAUAUUUGCAUGGACACGAGGACUAGAACAUAGAGCCAAGCUGGAUAAUAAUGAGAAGUUACGGGAUUUUACUCAUAAGUUGGAGGGUGCAUGUGUUGAAACGGUGGAGUCGGGAAAGAUGACUAAAGAUCUUGCAAUUCUGGUUCAUGGACCUAAGGUAUCAAGGGAAUUUUACUUAAACACGGAGGAAUUUAUUGAUGCUGUGGCACAGAAUCUUGAGAGAAAGCUUCAAGAGCCUGCUGUGGUCUAGGCAUUUUUUGCGAAGGGCAGAGGAAGAGAAGUUGGAAAAGCUGCACAGUGGUUUGAUAGAUGCCCACCCUUUUGACAAGUGGUAUUCGUAUUGGUUGAAAAUUGAAAUCCUGGGGUGCCAGAAUGUUGGAAAAACUUCAUUCCCGAGGGGGCCCUCAUAACUUGAUCCUUUGGUUCUUGAGAUUUUGACUUCUGGAUUUCCCAUUCUUACACUCCACUAUCAGUUGUAUAAACGGCAAAAAUCAGUGAGUAUGAUGAACCAGCGGAAUUAGGAGUAAAAUAAUUUUGAUGUGAAAAAUGCAUAUGAAAAUUAGGAUUUUGUGAAUUUAAUUCUUUUUUUAAUGAAACCUAUAUGAUUUUUUGGUUGGAGUUAAAGG